UGUGUUGAGGAUAUUAUGGACAUUGAAGUCCUCAAUUCAAUGUGGCCAGAAGAUAUUGGAACUGAUGCUGGAAAACAGUUCAACAUAGAAAAGCCAGGAAAUGAUCAAGACAUGUUAGAAGAAGUAACAAUCAUAGAAGAACCAACUAUAGCCGAUUUCAAGCGUCUCAUAGAACUAACAAAUUUCACAGAAAAGGGUUCUUCUCAGUUAGCUUAUCUUAUGAAACAUUGGGAGUAUAAGCAAGCGAACGUCGCACGUCUUCUAAGAGAAGAACUCGACAACCUAAGCAAACAAAGGCAAGAUGUUGAGCUAAGGAAGUUGGAGAUAUUGGAGGAGCAUAGGUUUGAGGAAGAAAGAUAUGGUGGCGAUAAACGACCGGUUUCUAUAUUGGAUGACAUUUAUGAUAUAUGGCAACAAGAUGUACCUUGCAGGAAAAGUAAUGUUGUUGUUCAAAACAAGAGAAUUGAAAUUGAUGCUGAGUAUGAUACUGUUGUGUACUGGAAACAGCGAGCGAUGCACUUGGAAAAGCUUUUGGAGGCUAGUGUUCAAAGAGAAGAGACACUUGAACAAAAGUUGCUAGAAAGUAUCAAGAAUAUUGAAAGACAGUCAUCACCUGUUGAAGAACUGUCACAGAUUCUGAAGAGAGCUGAUAAUUUCUUGCAUUUCAUACUCCAAAAUGCUCCUGUUGUUAUAGGCCAUCAGGACAAAGAGUUGCGUUAUCGCUUUAUCUAUAAUCACUUUCCAAGUUUACAAGAGGAGGACAUCAUAGGAAAAACGGAUGUCGAAAUAUUCACAGGAUCUGGUGUUAAGGAGAAUCAAGAUUUUAAAAGAGAAGUUUUGGAGAAAGGAUUGCCUGCAAAAAGGGAAAUCACUUUUGAGACAGAACUAUUUGGAUCAAAGACAUUCUUGAUUUAUGUAGAACCUGUUUUCAGCAAGGCAGGGGAGACGAUUGGAAUCAAUUACAUGGGAAUGGAUGUAACAGAUCAGGUGAGAAAAAGAGAAAGGAUGGCAAAGAUUAGGGAAGAGAUUGCUGUUCAGAAAGCCAAGGAAACAGAACUGAAUAAAACCAUUCACAUUACAGAGGAAACUAUGAGAGCAAAACAAAUGCUGGCAACAAUGUCACAUGAGAUAAGAUCACCACUGUCUGGAGUUGUUAGCAUGGCUGAAAUUCUUUCCACCACAAAACUUGAUAGGGAACAAAGACAGCUCUUGGAUGUCAUGUUAUCAUCAGGAGAUUUGGUUCUUCAACUUAUAAAUGACAUACUUGAUCUUUCCAAGGUUGAGUCAGGAGUUAUGAAGUUGGAAGCUACCAAAUUUAGACCGAGAGAAGUAGUAAAGCAUGUGCUUCAAACAGCUGCAGCAUCAUUGCAGAAAAUCUUAACCUUAGAAGGACAUGUAGCAGAUGAUGUACCGAUCGAGGUCAUUGGUGAUGUUUUAAGAAUUCGGCAAAUUCUCACAAAUUUAAUCGGCAAUUCCAUCAAGUUUACUCAUGAAGGAAAAGUUGGGAUAAACCUUUAUGUUGUUCAAGAGCCAACUUUUACAAAAGAUGAAGGCACACUAAAGAUUACUUCAGGCCAUUCAACUAUUUCUGUGAAUGUAGUGAAAGAAAAAAAAUAUCUCUCAACAACACCUCAAAAUCAUGGAUUUAAUGAUGAGUGUAGAUCUCCGGUUAAAAGCGAAUGCUCAAUGAACGGAGACACCGAGGAUCAACAUCACUCAACAGAAACAACGGUGUGGAUACGUUGUGAUGUAUAUGAUACAGGAAUUGGAAUACCAGAAAAUGCAAUACAUAGUUUAUUUAAAAGGUACAUGCAAGUCAGUGUAGACCAUGCUCGAAAAUAUGGUGGCACCGGGCUAGGACUAGCAAUAUGCAAACACCUGGUUGAGUUGAUGGGGGGUCGUCUAACAGUGUCUAGCAAAGAACAGCAUGGUUCUACCUUCACAUUCAUACUACCAUACAAGGUCUCAAUAGCUUGUGAUAGUUCUGAUUACUCAGAUGAGCUCUCAGACAUGGAGCAUAAUGAUGCAGCUUCUGAUGAUACAACAGAAUGUUUCUUCCAAUUCCAACCACCAACUUUAGGCUCUCUAUUCACCUCUAAUGGAACAAACAGAACUCACAAGUUAUUGCCACACAAAUUUACUGGAUUUUCUGAGAGUUCAUUCUCAUUUCCCUCUACUUCUAAUGACAUCAUAUCAAAAGGGUCAUGUUCAGUUGAUGGUUCAUCUUCAGUGGUUGAUGCUUCAGAUAUGUGUGAAUCAGCUAGUUCAUCUAGUCACACCCCAGAAAUAAAGCACAAAUUUUUGAAAAAGCAUCCAUAUAAUGCUCACGGUAAUGCAGACACAACUAAUCAAUGUGUUAGUAGCAGCAGUAAUUCAGAAGUAACCAAAUCCAUAUCAAAAAAGCCUAAGAUCCUUCUUGUUGAAGAUAACAAGAUUAAUGUCAUGGUGACACAAUCUAUGAUGAAGCAGUUGGGUCAUAACAUCGAUGUUGUCAAUAAUGGAGCAGAAGCCGUGCGUGCGGUUCAACGCUGUACUUAUGACCUGGUUCUGAUGGAUGUCUGUAUGCCAGUUAUGAAUGGUCUUCAAGCAACAAAACUGAUUAGGACUUUUGAGGAGACAGGAAAUUGGGAUGCUGCAAGAAAUGCUGGAAUUAAGCAAAGUCUAUCAGAUCAAGAUUAUGAAUGUUUUGUUCCAUCUACAAAGCGGAUCCCAAUUGUUGCGAUGACAGCAAAUGCUUUAUCAGACAGUGCUGAAGAGUGUUAUGCUAAUGGUAUGGACUCAUUUGUGUCAAAACCUGUGAGUUUCCAAAAAUUGAGAGACUGUGUUGAACAAUACCUAAAGUAAUAAUACACUUGUAAUUUCUUCUUGUGUAUAAGAAUAAGAAUUUAGGAAAGUUUUGUAAUGAAGAGAGUCUGCAUAGUAGUUAUUAAGUUAGGAGCUUAGGACAUGUUGGAGCAUUAAUGUACAUGUAUUUCCUUAUAUGUAUUCUGAGUUUCUUA